AUGGCUGCUCAAGCUGAAGGGGCUAUAAAAUCAUUUGUCACUUGCCAGUUAUGUGACAAGACAGAUAUGAUACAUAUACCAUCAUUACAGGCUGUGCUUCUUUCAAAUUCGGCUUGGGAAAAGACUGAGAUCGACAUUAUAGCACUAUUUGAAAAUGUUCCAGUAGUGCUCACUGGGCAAUCACCCAGACAGAUACCUUCAGAAAAUGCAAUAUGGAUUCCAGCAAUGAACUUUGGCCAGCAGCAGGUUUCACUGAGCUCUCUUCUAGUUUCUGCUCGUCUUCUAUCUUUUAAGGAACAGCAGCAAUCCUACAGGCGGACAUUGAAAGGGAAAAAGGAAGAGAAGAGGAGUGAUGGUAACCAGGAAAAGAUGAAGCAGGAGGUGCAGCAGCAGCAACAGCUUCUCCUUCUAUAUUCUGAAGCAAGGGAGGAAGAUAAGAAGGAAAAAGAAGAAAGUAAAAACACAAAUGAUGCUGUGAAAAAAGAGACAGAAAACAAUGCAGAGCCAGACCCUAAGCAACAAGAUGCAGCAGGGCCUCCAGAAAAAGAACCCGAUCCCCCUCCAGCUGACAAGCCUGCUGAGGCAACACAACAGGAAGAGGCACAGCUGGUCAAGGAGAAAGAAGAGACAGCCACGACAGAGAAUAAGCGACCAGGAACCCCCAUAAAUGAAUAUGCUCAAACUCAGCUUCAAGAAAUCAUCAAGCAGAUGCGAGAAAGGACCGCUACGUAUAAAGAAAAACUGAGUGACCCAGUCAUCUCCUCUCCUGAGCCCAGUCCAACAGCAACACCCAAAAAGACGGCGCCACCCCCUCCGCCAAAAGAAGAGAAAAAGGAGGAGAAAAAAGAGGAGAAAAAAGAAGAGGAGAAGAAACCAGAAGAAGCAAAACCAGAGGAGCAUUACUGUGAUAUGUUGUGCUGCAAAUUCAAGAGGCCGCCCAUGAAAGAAUACUUGAGGAAAAUGAAGCUACCAGAAAGUAUAGAUGCAUACACAGACCGUCGCUAUAUAGGAUGGCUGUUUUUGGUUACCGUUGCUUAUAACUGGAACUGCUGGUUCAUCCCACUGCGAUUAGUAUUCCCGUUUCAGACACCAAGCAACAUGAUAUACUGGAUUGUGAUAGACAUCUUAUGCGAUAUCUGCUACGUCUGUGAUCUGCUGAUAUUUCAACCCCGAGUACAAUUUGUGAGAGGUGGAGAUAUAAUAGUAAAUAAAGUAGAAAUGAAGAAAUACUACCGGAGCACGUUAAAAUUUCGGCUUGAUGUGUUUUCCAUAAUACCGUUUGAUGUCUUGUACGUUGUGUUUGGAUUUAAUGCAAUAUUUAGAGCAAACAAGGUGGUGAAGCAUCUCACGUUCUUUGAAUUCAAUGACCGACUGGAGGCGAUCAUGGAAAAAGCAUACAUUUACAGGGUCGUUCGAACUACUGGGUACCUGUUGUUUAUCUUGCAUCUUAAUGCAUGUCUGUAUUACUGGGGUUCAACCUACGAAGGACUCGGCAGCACUAAAUGGGUAUACGAUGGCAAAGGAAACAUGUAUCUAAGAUGUUACUACUGGGCAGUUCGCACUUUAAUCACUAUCGGUGGGCUUCCAGAACCAGUAACCAUGUUUGAAAUCAUCUUUCAACUUCUGAAUUUCUUCUCAGGGGUCUUCGUAUUUUCCAGCUUGAUUGGUCAGAUGCGAGAUGUCAUUGGCGCAGCGACAGCAGGGCAGAACUACUACCGUGCCUGUAUGGAUAACACUGUAUCUUACAUGAACGUCAACACAAUCCCAAGAAUUGUUCAGAAUCGUGUUCGAACUUGGUAUGAGUAUACGUGGGAUUCGCAAGGAAUGCUGGAUGAAUCUGAAUUACUGGAGCAGAUGCCAGGAAAGAUGCAGCUAGCCAUUGCAAUCGAUGUGAACUUUGCCAUUGUCAGUAAAGUUGACUUGUUCAAAGGAUGUGAUAACCAAAUGAUCUGUGACAUGCUGCUGAGACUGAAAUCCAUUGUGUAUUUACCUGGUGACUUUGUCUGCAAAAAGGGAGAAAUUGGUAGAGAAAUGUACAUCAUCAAACAAGGAGAGGUUCAAGUGCUGGGAGGUCCUGAUGGCACCAAGGUCCUGGUCACUUUGAGAGCAGGAGCUGUAUUUGGAGAAAUCAGCCUAUUAGCUGCAAGCGGGGGAAAUCGGCGGACUGCAAAUGUGGUGGCCCAUGGAUUUGCCAACCUCUUCAUUCUUGACAAGAAGACCCUCAAUGAAAUCUUGGUGCACUACCCUGAAUCUGAAAAGCUCCUGAGGAAGAAGGGAAAAGUGCUCAUAAAGAAGGCAGGCAAGCCUGUGGGAGGACCAGCAGCACCUGCCAAAGGCUUGACCCUGUUAACACAGAAAGUAGAACCACCCAAGAUGUUCCAAGCGCUGCUGGGUGGAAAAGGUGGUGGCAUGGCGGCUGUUAUCCAGCUGAAGAGACAGAUGGAGGAACAGGAGGAAAAAGAAAAGGAAGAACAAGCAAAGAAAGAAAAAGAAGAACGAGAAAAGGCGGAAAAGGAAAAGGAGGAAAAAGAAAGGGAAGAACAAGCAAGGAAAGAAAAGGAGGAACAAGAAAGGAAAGAAAAGGAGGAACAAGAAAGGAAAGAAAAGGAGGGACAAGCAAAGAAAGAAAAGGAAGAACAAGCAAAGAAAGAAAAGGAACAAAAGGCAGAAAGAGACAAAAAAGAAAAAGCCAAGCUUGAAACCAAACCUACAGAAAUAAACCCAACACAGUCUGCAGAGGCCAAAGAGCCACAGAUGCAAGUGGAACCAUCUGCCCAUAAGGAAGAACCAGCUCCCAGCAGCCAGCCACCACCACCGGCUCCUCCUAAACCAAGUUUGCUCAGAGGAACCACUAACCAGUCCCUUAUCAUUAGCAUGACUCCUUCCAGCACCCCAGGAGAAGGAGAUAUUCUUACUGUUGAAGUCAAAGUGAGGGAUCAAGUAUAACUGGUGGUUCCUCUUGCUGUGCAUUGUACCCAGUUCUGGGUGCCCAAUUCAAUUUUACAGGACCAAAUCUGCUUAUUUUUAGAUACAUGUUUCUACUGAAAUUAGUACUCCCCCUCUAAGUUUGCAUCUAUACAGGUUCCUCACACCUAUCUUAGUAUAAAAAAUAUAGGGCCUCUCCCUUCUGCGCCUCAGCUGGAGAAAAUGGCCUUUUGGAAGGCCUUUCUUCAUUGGGACUGCCAUCUUAGGCCAAAUUAC